CGGGGCAAGUCAUUGGCUACCUAUUUGUGGGAGAUUUCAAAUGCGGAAAUCAUGCUUGAUGAAGAUGCUGUGAUUAUUUUCAGAUUGAUUUGACAGCUCUCACCAAUCAUGGAACUGGACUUGUUAGAAACUCCAGGGACAAAACAAGCAACCAAGUCAAAGAAGCGGAGAUCUAUUCGCAUCCGAAGGAAGUCACACCUGCUUGGCUUUGGGCCAGUCUGUGAUGAAGACAAAACAGAUGAUAUACUUCCUGUAGAAAGUCACAGUCAGGAUGUCAACAUUUCUGCUCUGGCUAGUGAUGUGGGGCAAAUUUGUGAAGAGAAUAAUUUGCAGGCCUCUGGGAACCAGUUUGGCAGUGUAUGGAUGGACACAGACUCACCAGAAAUGGCAGAAUUGGUGAUCCGGAGAAACCGACGAAAAUCUUGUGUUCACCUCCCGAUGGUGUCUGUCAUUGAUGGAAUAGAUUCUCCCUCUGUUCUCACUGACGUUGACACUGACUUGAACAUGAAUGAUCACCAUCUGAGUGUAGAACUGUCUAGGACGGGGGACAUGAGUGACAGUAUAGAGACUAAUGGUAUGGGUAGUCGCCUUUCAGGCAGUUACAUUGUGACACAGAGUCCUCUAGUGGACACAAGUGGAACCUCAGGGUCUGGACACAUAGAUUUGAGAUUUAAUCAGCAGCAGGAGAAUGACUGUAGUUCUGCUGGCAAUUCUUUUUCCGAAUACUUACCAAGUGACAAUAGCACUGCGAGUUUAUCUCCAUGUUUCGAGGCCCGUGACUACAAUGUUGGUGGCAAGACAUUUCAAUAUUUCAACUCAGGUCCUCAGCAAACUCAGGAUUCAUCUGACUCGUGUAAAGUUAGCAGAAUAAAUUCUACAGAAAGUUCCACACAGAAUCGUGGAAGUGGUCAAAUGGUAUUAUCUCUGGUAGAAGAGAAUAGAACAUUGCUAGGAACUACACAAGACUUGACCUCUAGAAUGACCCCAGUUGAUAAAAAAAGUGGAGUGGCAUCAGAUCUGAUCUCUAGUUUGACACCAUAUUCUCCAUCUCAACCCAUUUUCAAGAAUAUUUCACCACCAAACUGUGAAAGCCCGAACUCAACCUUUUCACCAGUUUAUUUGACACCAUCAGACAAGAUAACAAGGUCAAAGGUCAACCUGGAUGCAGGUAAUGAUGAUGAAGAUGUUUGGAAAACCUGUAAGAAAACCAUAGUGCCCGAGACUGAUGGGCAUGUUGGUGUAACACCAGGUACAGUUACUAAUAUAAAGACCAAGGCCUUAAAGUCCACCCAGAAAAAAUCAUCAAGGUCAAAUUCUAAAUCAAGCUCUGAAGUUCCAUCCAAACAACAGACAUCAGGUUUUCUCUCCAUAUGUAGGUCACUAGCUGGAAAGCUAGCAAAUGCUGUCAGAAAUAGUCCAGAUAACGAACGGAGCAAUACAAUGUCCUCAUCAGACGGUUCAUUUACCUCAAUAAAACCUACAAAUACUUCAAAUGAAAUUGCAGAAGUGAUGAUGAACUCUUCAGGAAAAAACUUGGGUUCAGUGGUUACAGUCUCAACUGUUGACAACUCCGAUACAGGGAUAAAGGUCUCCACACCUGUCAACUCAAACCUGCUCAGUCUUACAGAUGGAACAAAUCUGUCAAGUGCAUUUUCUUAUGAGAGGAAGUCUGGUCAGACAUUACAUUUUUCAGAUUCAAUGAAACCUUCUUUGCCUUUGUCACAGGACAAAGUAGAUGACACAUGUUUUUGUGCGAGUGAAAAACCAGGAUCCAGUAGGCCUGUACAGGACAGUGAACUUGUACCAGUGCCAGAGGUAGUAACGACCAACGGUGAAAAACUGACCAACACAUCUGAUACUCAAACAAAUCAUGAGUUGUGUUCAACAACAGACAUUGACACAACCAGUGAAGCUGCGAAGAGUGAUUCUGAGGAUGCUGAAGUCAUUCAAGUUUCAAACAGACCUGCUAUGCGUACAAUUUCGCAAAGCCAGGCUCCGAAAUGUUCUGACGAAGCAAUCGCACAACAUUUGGAGGUCUGCUUUGAUUACCUUGAUUCUGAACCCAUACAGGAAACCCACAAUAAAUACACAGCAGAGUCAGGUACACAAAAUGGACAUCAUGUGGCCAAAAGCAUUUCCUUAGAAUCUGCUGAACUCAGCACUGUUGUGGAAAAUCUCGACACUGUAGACAUUACUUCCAGGGCAGAUCCUGAUAAAGUGAGAAAAGUUAAAGCAAAACAGAAAAGGACUGGGAGAAAGUCUAUGGGGCUUGUCAGUCAAGAGUCACCCGGAUGUGAAUUAUCUGAGAGUGUAAACAAGCUCAGUUUGAAUACAGUUUUUGACAUGGACACUUGCAUCCAUGUUGUACCUAAAGACAGUCAUACUGACAGUGGAAUUAAACAGAAAGAAUCAGAAUCAGCAAAUGUGUCGGGCGAGUUUAAAUCUUCUGCAGGUUGUGAACCUAUUCCACCAUGUGUAGAAAGUGAUCUGAUGUCUUCCUUGCCAUCAGUAAAUGAGGUUAAGAAAAGCGGUCACCCAAAAAAAUCGAAAAAGGUGUCGGACAAGACAACUGCCCUGAGUGGUGAACCUAUUCCGUCAUGUGUAGAAAUUGAUCCUUUACCAUCAGUAAGUGUAGUUAAGAAAAGAAGUCGCUCCCGAAAAUCAAUGAGCUUGAUACCUCCAGUUGUAGUUGAGGAGGUGUCUAAUGUUCUCCUGUCCUCACAGCCAGGUGCAGAGCUUCAGAAGACUUCAUUACCACAACUGGUCAACAACAAAACCGGGGAGGAUUCUGCAAGCUUACAAAAUGAAACAUCUGACUGUAAACAGAAAAGUAUUGACAAUAUCAAAGUGCUAACUGCUGAAGAUCUGAAAUCAUUAGAUGAAUAUUUGGGAAUAGAAGAUAUGGAGCCAGUAAUUGUUCCGCCACCCAAGAAACGAGGAAGGCCAAGAAAAUCUGUUGAUGGGCGUGUACAGAUGCAGACAAAAGCUGCAUAUAUAGAGGCAGCUGAUAAAAAUCUUUUCUCAGUGGACAAAUCUGUCUCUUGGACUAAGGAACAGGAAGUUAAUGUCUCACAAAAGGAAGAGUCUGGGAUGACGGAUGUUCAGACAAUAGUCAAAGAUCCAUUAGUAGCUGAGCUUGAGGAUCUGGAACUACUGGAGAGACCAAAAAGAAAGAGUUCGCGCAUCCAGAGGCGAUCCAUAGAAAUAUACAGACAGAUUCAGACUGCCAAUACAGCUGAGGAGGAUGUUCCCAUGUCACCGCUAGAAACAGUCGAGGAAUCUAAACAAACGGCAGCUGUGUUACAGGAUGUCAGCAGUAACCAUGGAAAUACUAGAAACAAUCAAGACUCUACCACAAAGAUUGCUCGAAAAAGGAAACUUACAAAAAAUGAGCCUUCAGUUGAGGAUAUUUACAAAAAUAAAAACUUCAAGAGACCUGCCCCAAAAAUCUGGGAAACAAUCUAUGAGACCCCUGCAGAGGAACAACUGUUCAGUAAGAAAAGGUUUCGUCGGGCCAUCAUGUUUGAUGAAGGUCUGAUUGUACCUCCUGCUAAAACCAAAAUGAGGCUCCGAAAAGCCGUCAAAAAUGGGAUGGACCCACGACAACGUAGAAGGAAAAUGUUAUCUGAUCUUGCUGUUAAGAAAAAGUUGGCAAAAAUGGAAGCUGUUUUAGAAGAUGAUGAUUAACCCAGAACCUAUACAUAUUUAAACUGUUUAUUGUUUUUGUGAGUGUGACACAGAAUAUUGCAAAGUCGGUGAUUAGUGGUAGAUAUUUUAGUCUUGAUAUGUAAACUGUAACUGUACAAUGUUUCCAAGUAUUUCUGCUAAUUUGGUAUACAUGUACCUGAGAGAAAUUAUGUUUGUGCUAUCUGAUGUAUGCUAAGUUUGUUUCAUAGUGGAAUACAUGUAUCUCUGUAAUGCUCUGUUUGUGCUGUGUGGUUUAUACUGAACAUCAUUAAUCAUUUCAAGUUUACUGCAGAGUUUGAUAUUUUUUGCUGGGAGAUAAUUAUAUAUAAUAUGUUAAUUUCCCAUACAAAAUUUUGUGUCAGGGAAGUGUGAGUGUAGUUGAUCAUGUUUGGUUUUAUGAAAAGAUACCAAGAAUGUGCCAAAAGAUAUCCAGCAGGAGAGACCAUAUCUUACCUUUGUGUGGUAUCUGAUCAUUUACAUAGAGAACAAUAUAUAUGCACCCAUGGGCAAUGCGAGGUACACUGGUAGAUUUCAAAUCAUUACAAAAUGUUAAGUAAUUAUAUAAAAUACUGAAAAUAAAGGUGAACUCUAAACAUACAUCAAUUACAUUUUAGUGAUGUAUUCCUAUACAAUUAACCUGAAAAAUAUCUUAAAAUGGACUUUGUUAAAAAAAAUAGGAGGAGAUAACUCUUAAACAAAGCUAAUGUAUAAUAUAGUUUGCAUACAACUUUUAAGUUUAGGACAGAUUUGUUUCUGACUUCAGAUUUAAUUACAACUGUACAAUAUGUAUAUGUAGGUAUCAGGAAAAUGGUUUUGUUCUGUAUGCAAUACACAUUCAUUUUAUAAUAUUCCUAGGUGUAUUUUAAUUUUUGUUUUAUUUUUAUGCCCAGCAAGUCUAUUCCUAUUGUUUUGUUUUGUACAACUUUGCGUUUUGCAAGUCAGCAGUUUUCAUACAUGGAUACAGCUCCACUGACUUUGAUUAAACUUUGCAUUCAUCCACUUCCAUCAAAGUCGAAACACGGGCAUGUAUAUAUUUUUGGUUCAAUUUUAAACAGCCAAGCCUAAGUACUUGUACUGUAGGUUAAUGUUUUAAUUUUGACACUUUUGUUGCAAUAUAUACAACAAACUUGAUAUCAGUGAUAGAUUUACUACUGCACACUUUUUCAUAUUUAUUUCUUUUGAUCAAUUUGAAGAAUUUACUUAAGAGAGCUACGAGUUAGUAAAGUAAGUCUCAAAUGGAGACCAAUCUGAGGGUGUUUUUAUCAUGUAAGACUGAAGUCAGACUUUUCGUAGUAUCGGAGAAAAAUGUAAUAUCUAAAACUGAGUUCUAGCAUAUACUUUAUGAGACAUCACAUAAAUCUUAGAUGCAAGUUUAUGUCACAAAGUUGAUCGCAUUAUGACAAUUAUGAUGUCAUAUGACAAGUGAUGCAAUACAGUGGUGAUGGAGCAACAUUUUAGAGAGGUCUAAUAUCGCCCCUCUGUCAAUGGUCAGUGGUGUUGAUGGAGAGAUUGUAGCUACUCUGUAGGGUUGGUAACUACUCUGUAUAUUAGACACAUUAUCUCUAUUGAGACACGUGUACCAGGUGCAGGAAGUUUCGUUUUAAAUGCUAAUGUUCAGUGAGGAAUGUUUUAGUCAUUGUUUUAGCUAUAGUCUGUUUUAUUGUGUUUAUGCUCUAUAUAUUUAUACACAUGUAUAGAUCAUCCCAGUAAAAUAUUAUUUCAU